AUGGCCCGCGACCGCAUUGUGGAAGCGGACCCGGAAGACCUGGAUCUCGUACUGUCUCUCUGGUACAUCCGGCUCUCCUGUCUCGCGCGUUUGCGGUUCUUCAACCAGACGUCCACGGAGUGUGUCAACCUGUACACCGUUCUGGAGGGCAUCGAGCCCGCAAGCGCGCGGCAGUGGCUGUUCGACAAGAAACUGCCGUUCGAGCUCGAGGUGUUGCACGUGCGGCUGAAGUACUGGGCAGGUGACCACAUGGGGUAUCUCGACGCGCUCGCGGGGCUGCUGAAGCAGUGCAAGGCGAAGGCACGACAUGCGAGCGGGCGCAAGGACGCGAGCACGGCAGCGAUGUGGCAGGAGCGCGGCGCGCGGAUGUGCCUCAUCAUUGCGUCGCAGCUCAUCGAGAUGAAGGACUUCGCGGCCGCGGCGCGGCUGCUGGAGCCGCUAUGCAGGCAGGGCGACGUGCGCUCGCCGCACGUGCAGUCUGCGGUGGCGCGGAUCUACUUGCAAGGCGGGUAUGUCAGCGCCGCGGCGCGGCACUUUGGCGCCGUCGCGCGCGACCCGAGCGCGGACGCGUCGCUGAAGGCUCUCAACAGUGCGUUGCUCGCGUCUGCAAACGGCGACUGGCCUGCCGCGGUGGAGGCGCUGCAGCAGAUGCUCGCCGCGGACCCUGAGAACUUUGUGGCCAUCAACAACCUCGCGGUAGCAUACCUUAGCCAGGGACGGAUACAGGAGGGUAUCCGGAUGCUCGAGGAGGCGAUCAAGUUAUCACCUUCUACGACGCUGCAAGCGGAGCCGCUUCUGUUCAACUUAUCGACGAUGUAUGAGCUGCGCUCCACGGCGGGGAUCGACAAGAAGAUGAACAUGCUCGUCGACGUGGCCAAGUGGGCAGGCGACGGCUUGCGCACGACUUGUUUGAAGAUGCCUGCCAGUUAG